AUGCUCGCUCCGGGCUCUGGGAAUGUGAGUCUCAGAACUGUCAGUUCUAAUCGACCACAAUUAAUGCACACCCAGUCUCAACAGUCCAUCGCCGCCUCCGACGACUACUACUCUUUCUCAAGUCCAUCCUCAAGUGCAAGAUCCCGAGCCAGUGGGAGUCGACUCACCGUGGCGCGGUAUGCGACACCGAACUCUCAUCCUCCGUCCCGAACACCGUCUCCUAGCAUCUCUCGGACGCAUCUAGCCUCGCAGCCGGCUGGUGCACGGUCGGAACAUUCCUUAAACGUUCCGAGUGAGAACAGGAAUUUUGUUACACCCCCUUCUCAGACAAUACGUGCAGUCGAAGAGGAAGAUCCUGAGCCCAGCCCCAUGUCAGAUACCACGAGUCGCCGGGAACUCAGUGACAGCUAUGCUGGGCGGCCGCCUACUCCUGGGGUGGAUGACUCGCCAUACAUUCAUUUUGCCAUCAGCCAGCUUACGCGUGAUGAGGAAGUUGCUGGGCCCAGACGGCGAAGCUCGCUCGCCAGUAAUGACAGUCCUCUCGAGCCACUGCUUUGGGAUGAAGGAUUGGGCUGCUUCAUUCGCUCGCCUGGACAACCGGCAACCCCGCCAGCACGGCAACCGCAACAAUCAUCCGACUCUAUCGGGAGGGCGCCCCAAAGCUCGGUAGAUCCAGAAUCGUUCGUCGCGGUGGAACCUCCGCAUGACAGCCUGCUGUACCCACCGUUGGACUAUGUGCCUAUAGUAUUACGGUCAUGGCCUCUGGCUGCCAUAAUUAUCUGUUGCCUGCUUAUGAUUGCUGGACUGAGCUUCUGCAAUGUAUGGUCGCGGCGGCAUGACGGGCUUUGGGACUAUACGGGACUAGGGGGAUCCCACUACUUUGUGAUGCAAUUCCUACCGCAAAUCUUGGGCAUGGUCAUUACUAUCUGGACCUUCGUGAUCCAAGCGGCAGUGUAUAGAAUAAUGCCGUUUGCCAUCAUGGCUUCAGAGCGGCCGCUCGGCCACGUCCUUCAGAGCCUGCCUAUCCUAUCACGGAACUUCCUGGUACCGGACUUCUCCUACUUUCGGCAUGGCGAGGGCAUAGUCGGUUUCUCUUUGUUCACCAUGUGGUUGUCAAACCUGAUCACACUACCACUGCUAAGUUGCCUCUUCCAGGCUAAGUGGUACUUGAUCGAUGGACAAGGGACGUGGCGGUGGGCCUCGGUUUCGGCGGUUGGAUGGACCCUGGUGGCCAUCUAUGCGUUGUUGACUAUUGGCCUGCUCCUGCUCAUGUUUCGUUUUGUACGCACAUGGUCGGGAUUGAUGUGGGACCCUGUGAGUCUCGCCGACCUAAUUUCAAUCAUCCAGCGAUCGAACAUCUUGCACGACUUUGAACAAUCGGAGACUCUGCCGAAUGUCGGCGAGUCGCUCGACCCGCGAUUCCUCCGAUUGGGCUACUGGAAACUAUCAAACCGUGCGGAUAUAUUCUAUGGAAUUGGCGAGGCGGAUGCACCGGUUCGGACGCCGUCAUUACACCGAAAGGAGAAGAACCUUCAGAUGCAGUCACAUGGCCUGUCAAGGGUAUCAUUUGACAUUGAGCAGCAUGGUCUCGCACAGAAGGAAGAGUACUACCAGCAUCUAUACUCACCCGCUAUCCGCUAUCGUUGGAUCCCAUGGUUUCUUCGCGACGGCUUUGUCGUUCUAUGGACGUUAAUCAUUUGCGCCUUGUUUAUUGCAUUCGUGUUGGUCAGCUUCAUCCACGGUGCGAUCAAAGACGGAUUCCCUCCGCGUUUGCCAACACUGCCAUCUACUGGUGCAUUUUCCUCUUCCAACUUUUGCUAUAGCUUCGUUCCUGCUUUCAUUGGGAAUGUCCUCUUCCUAGCAUGGCAGCCGAUCGACGUCUAUUUCCGUGCGUUGCAGCCUUUUGCAGCUCUAGCUUCCCCGACCGGUGCUCGAGCAGAGCAGAGCCUUUUGUUGUCAUACCCGUCCUGCUUUCCCUUCCAGGUGACGCUAGUGGCAAUUUUGAACAAGCAUUACAAAGUGGCCUGGAUUUCAUUUAUGAGUACGGUGUCUGCGGCGAUUCCUAUCCUGGCCGGAGGGAUGUUUAUUGCCUUGUACCAUCCGUCUGACGGGACGAUCCUGAUCUCUGCUCUGAUGCCUGCGUUCUAUGCUAUUGUGGCCUUCUGUGCACUAUACAUGGUGUCUUUCCUGUGCAUUUGGCCCCGUCGCUGCCGCCGCCUGCCACAUGACAUUAGCACUUUGGCUGAUCAGAUGAGCUUUCUAUACCAAAGCCCACUGCUCGCCGAUAAAAUCCUGCGCGAGCCUCGGAGCAAGGCGGAUCUGGUCACUCGAUUGGUCGUCGCGCCUCCUGGAGAUCGGGAGCAUUCUAUGUACGGCUUUGGCAUCUAUGAGGUCCCAAGAGGGUUGGCUCUACCAACUGACGAUACUGUGACUGCGAUGUUCUUCAAUUCGUACAUCUACUCGCCUAGAGAUCCGUUGAUUUUGCGGGGUUUCAUGGAUAUCCUGCCUGAUGUCUUCUGCUAUACUCAGCCUGACUCUCACUUGCAUGUCGGCACUUUGGCCGUGUCGUACUUUUCUGUGGCUGCUUGGACGGGGAAUCGCUCUUUUCUUCAGUCAGCGCAGCAGUUGUUUGUGAAGGCUAUCGCCAAGACUAGGGAAGCGUUACAGGGUGACAUUACUCAUAAUGUGGAUGAUAUUCUGAUGACAAUUCUUCUGUUGUCUACUUAUGAGGAGUUCUGCGCUAUCAAAGAAAAUAGACCGUCAAGAAGGACCCAUUUGCGAGGUGCUGUUGCUCUGGUGAACAGCAAACGGCCUGAGCAGCGAUCGUCUAUUAUAUCAUUGAUCUUAGAGAAUGCGGUUCAGGUACAGCUGAUCAAAUCAUCAAAAGGUCUGGCCUAUCCCACAAUGCAGACGCCAAAUCAAUGGCCCCCGUCUGCACCAGUUCCACAGUCAGCAUCGUCACAGCUAUUAACGAUCACCUCCGAGCUGGUCAGUCUCCGACAAGCAUGGGAUAGAUUCAACGAAGAAGGGACAAACCAUGUCCAUGACAUCCAGGAGAUCCUCUCACGGGCCUACAGCCUGGACGCGAACCUAGAAGCUUGGAAAUACGCACUCCCCGAACACUGGAAACCAUUGCCUGCGGUCUAUGUUCCCCAGUCCGUGCGGGAAGCCGGCAUGUACAAAAACCGCUGCGACUGCUACACCGACCUCUGGAUGGCAGGGACAUGGAACUUUUACCGGGAUUCCCGGAUAGUCGUCCAAAAUAUCAUACUUCGCUGUUUGCGGAUCCUACCGGAUGGUGUGAUGCUGGAGCAUAUACAGGAGACUAUUAACCUGAUUGAGACUCUUGCUCUGGAUAUCUGCGCCACCGUGCCGUACAUCCUUGGCAGCCAGACGAUGUCAGUGCAUGUUAGUGGACAAAAGAUCGAGUAUCCGGAAGCCGAUGGACGACGGGCGACGACGCCUCAUUAUCCGACUGCUGCGCUUGUGGGGGGAUGGAUGGUAUCGUCUCACUUGUCGAAUCUAGAAUUGCUGUGCCUGAGUGAGGAGAUGAAUACAUGGAUUCGGGCGCAGAAGGAGCGAUCAGACAGACUCAUCAUUACCUCUACAGGACAUAAACCAACACUGUCCAAUCUCAUACCAUUACUCUACGACGAAUUCGACCCCCCGCUCCCCAAACUCUGGACACCCAAAACGAACCUCAAGCUCCUCCUCGGCGGCCUGGCCUUCUUCACAUUCAGCAUCUACAGCACGCGGCGGGCCAUGAACCGCAAGCUACUCGCCAGUAUCCCGCCGUACUACACAAGCAGCGUGUACCACAAACCGAAAGUCAGCGGCGGGGCGGAGGCAUUCGAGGCGCUGCAUCUGGCGACGAUGAACGUGCUGUCGUUCGGAAUGAUGAGUGCGGGGGGCGCGUUGUAUGCGCUGGAUAUUAAUGGGGUGGAGGAUAUGAGGAAGUUCGUGAGGAAGGGGAUGGUGGAGGGGGAUGGGGCGUUGAUGAGGGGUGAGGAUAAGGAGUUGGAGAAGGAGGUGGAGGGGUGGGUUGCGAAGGUGUUGGGGGAGAACUUCUCGUAUCGUUCUCGUGCCGUUUGCUUCGUCUUCUCCAGGAAUUCGUCGUACCGGUUGCGCGUGUUGCGGCCGGCUUCUUCUGUUGCGUCUCCCAGUUUGCUGCCCUGCGCUCCUAAGCCCACGCCCUGGGCGUAUACCUCUGUGGCUAUUGGGGCGGUCAUGCCUGUGCCUUGA